AAAUUUUGAACAGAUGGUUUGUGCAGAAGUAGAAGUACGACGGAGGGGCUACAGUUAAGUAGAAUAUCGCUGUGUUUGAAUCGACUUGUAUUGUCAGUGUACACAAAGUAGAGAGCAGCACUGUUGGAAUAGUCAGGUAUUCAACCUUUUCUUGCCGUGCGGAUAAACCGCCAAAAAUGGAUCCCUUUACCGAGAAACUCUUGGAGCGGACUCGGGCUCGCAGAGAAAACCUCCAGAAAAAAAUGGCCGAGAGACCAAAUGUCAACAACAAGCAAAUGGCCAAAAGGCCCAGAGAGCCAUUGGCAGACACAAAUAGUUUACUGAGUGAGCCAGUUGCUGACAAAGCUCCCCAGCCAUCCUCCAAACCAUCUCCAUCAAAGCGGCUAUGCUCAGGAGAGAAACUCAUACCUGCAGCUGGAGAGGAGAACCAAGAGCCACAGACUCUGCCUGUGGUGCCAAUGCUCACAGAUCCUCCGACAGACAAGAAACCUCCAGUGGGGCCAAGCAGUAGACAUUCUUCCCUGGAGCGGGCUGUCAAACAACUCGCCCCUCAGCCGGGGCAUGUGAAUAACGUGGAGCCGCAGCCAGAGAUGACGCCUGUCCCUUCUACUCCUAAAAAUCAGGCCCAAAAAGUCGAAAAGAUAACGCCUGCCACUCCGGUUCCUGACACUUGCAAAGAUGACGAAGUAGAAGUGUCAGCUUCCAGACCUGCUGGCAUGAGGUCACGCCUACACAUGCUCGCUGAACAAAGAAAAUGUUGGGAUGGUACUGCUGACGCCGUUCCAGACUGUGCUCCACUGUCCGUGCAAAAGAGACAACCAGAUGUUGCAGCGGCUGCUGAGACCUCCGCACCCUCAGGAACUCCCCUAGGAAGAAAAGGCAGGCUGGCCAACCUUGCCGCCACAAUUGGAUCUUGGGAAGAUGACCUGAGUCAUGCUAAUAUCCCUAAAGCGAAUGCUAAAGAAAAGCCGCAUGUGACAGUUCCCAAGUCGGUGGCUGGCAACAUAAAUUCAAGUGCUGCUCAAAGCCAGUCAGCAUCAAGCAGCAAAUUCACACCUGGCAUUAAUAAGGGGGUUUUCCCAAGCCCUAAAAAAAUGGACACACCUGCCGCCAAAACGACAGUCCAUACGGAAAUUCCCAACCAGGUACUGACCUUCAACUCGAGCUCACAGAAGAGCAACAGCCAGAGCACGGCUGUCCCGUCCAGUCCUCAAAAAAGCAGCACACCCUCCACAUCGUCUGUGCCACAGAGCCCUCUGAAGAGUCACGUCCUGUCUAGGGGUUUAAACUACACUUCAAGCCCUCAAAAACCAGAGCUCUGUGCCAAGCCUGCAAUUGUUGGCCCUUCAGCUUCCCAGAAACCCUCUACUCCGGCAGGUCCAAGUGUCAAGUCAUCACUGGAACGUUUUGCAGAGAGAUGCCAGGAGCGCACCAACCAGUGUUCUCCAGCAGGGGUCAGCACGAAGACUCCCACUGUGACCUCGGUGGUCACACCAAACACCAGACUGGUUCAGGAGAAACUCAGAGCAGCCCACGCGGCAAACACGUCCACCGCUGAUCUCACUCAAAAACAGAAGAUGGAACGCGAGUCCGAGCUGGCUAAGAUUCGCAGUUGCUUCCAGAAUGGGAACAAUAUGUGGAAGAACAGAAACGAAGCAACGGACACCAAGAAGAACUUGGACGUCAAGGAAAAGACUGAUAAGUCAGUGGAGAAGGAAACGCCAUCAAUUGAGAAACAGGAUGAGGCCACAACCCUGUCCAGUGAAAACCUUGAUGAAGCCUCAACGCCAUCCAAUGAGGAAGUAGAAGAAGCUACGACUUCGUCCUACGUACCCACAACAUGCCAUACGCUAGCAGGUAACCUGCUGACGGCUUCACCGCCAGCACUGACAUCCAGCCCGCUCAGGAUGACUCGGCACAACGAAAAGAAAGCAGCCGAAGAAUCACCAAAGAAAGACGAGGAGGUCGUCACGGAGAGAGAGAUGAACGUCGACCACUCCAUCACCUCCGAAGUCAUCAACGAGCUUUUUGACGGCGUCCUGGAGCAGAGCGAGGAAGAGGAAGAGGAUGAGGAGGAAGAUGCACUCAAUAUCUCCUCCAUGUCCCUGCUCACUCCACUGGCAGAGACCAUGGCUGCGGUGGUGAAGAGUCCAGAGAAGAGAAUGAUGACGUCAACUCCAGCUAGCUCCUUCAUCGUAAAGUCCCCGGACAACGUUUGCCCGUUGGGCAGGUUUCAGAGGACUGAUACGAGUUACUUGGACUCAACUGACAGUUUUGAGUCCUUGGAUGAAGCCCAUAAACUUCCCUACAGCGUCAAUGCCUAUAGAUCAAUCAGGGUGAAGGAGAUGGAGCGCCCCCAUGUGAAGCAGGUCAUCGUGAGAAAGGAAGAUGUUUCCAACAGAGCAGAAGAGCCAAGAGGAACUGUUCAUUUUAAUAUCAAACAGAAGAUGAAGGUUCUGACCAAUGAAAUAAAUCUACAGCAGACAGUCAUUCAUCAGGCCAGUCAGGCCUUAAACUGCUGCACAGACGAAGAGCAUGGAAAAGGUUCCCAGGUUGAGGCUGAGGCAGAAAGACUGCUGCUGGUUGCAAUGGAAAGAAGAGAGGCCCUAAAAGCAGAGCUGGACCAAUUGAGAGCAGGCGGACCAGGUCAGAAGAAAGCCCCUGCUGCCACUGAAUCCGCAGGCAUGUUGGCAUCCAAGGGCUCCAUUACCCUGCAGGAGCUACGCUUGCCUCUCAAGGCAGACUUUGUUUGCUCCACUGCCAACAAGCCAGACGGAACAAAGCACUCUUUCUUCAUCAUUAUUCGCUCCGGGGCGGAGAAUACUGUCGCCACUCCAUUGGCCACCACACACCGGGGCCUCAGUGGUGACACACUGACUUUCCCCACCAAGUUUACCUUGUCUGAUAUCAGUAGUGAUUUUGGAAUCAACAUUGAGGUGUAUUGUCUGGUUCAGAAACGUGAGAUCUGCACUGAUAAGAAGAGAAAGCCAAACAAAUCAAAGACCAUCUGGAGACGAGCUCACGAAGCACAUGAUUUGUGUAUGUCGGCUAUCACUCCAAAGAGAUUCCUUGGCAUCACACAGAAAAGUGGACAGACUCCAGUUGUGGCCAGUCCUGGGGGGCCUAAUGCGGUUCGCACCAGUAACUUUGUCCUGGUCGGCUCACACAAGCUCACCUUGUCUUCCAUUGGAAAGACCAAGUUUCCCCUGGAAAAGAUCAAAAUUGAAGGAUUUGAAAGAGAGCUACUCAGUGACAUGUUUCAUACCAAGGUGCCGUUUCUGUGUCCACUAGAGGGCCACGUCUACCUCAAGAUGCAGUGUGAAGUCGGCUCCAAGGUGGAAGAGAAGGGCUUCCUGACAAUGUUUGAAGAUGUCAGUGGAUUUGGAGCCUGGCACAGACGGUGGUGUGUCUUAUCUGGGUACUGCAUCUCUUACUGGACCUACCCAGACGAUGAGAGGAGAAAGAGUCCCAUCGGUCGCAUCAACCUGGCAAACUGCACCAGUAAGAAAGUCGAGCCAGUCAAUCGGGAGUUCUGUGCCCGACCGAACACAUUCGAGCUCAUUACCGUCAGACCGCAGCGUGAGGAUGACAAAGAGACGCUAGUUAGCCAGUGCAGAGACACCAUGUGCGUUACCAAAAACUGGCUGAGUGCAGACACUAAGGACGAGAGGAAUCUGUGGAUGAGGAAACUAAACCAGAUCUUGGUGGAUCUGCGGAUGUGGCAACCGGACACCUGUUACAGGCCUCAGUAACUACUGCACAUUGUCAAAAGAAGCCCUCACUCUUCGACCACAUGUUUUUAGUGAAACAUGCAAUCAAGAAGUGCAAUACAAUAUGAGAUUUAUAGACUAUAAGACGUGCACUCUCGGAAAAGUACAACAAAAGGCCUAAAUAAAGCCAUAAAGCCAUAGAUUUAAACAUUUCAGGACAGUAUUUUUUUUUUGUUUUGUUUACUGUAGCUAAGAUUUUACUCAUUUCCAGGCAUAUCUGGUACUUGGUUUUAAGUUGUUUGUUUUUUUUUUUUAAGUUAUGUUUUUAUACUAAUGCAAAUAAUAGUGUGGGGGGAUGCACAAAGUUAUGGCUUCACUACUGUGUGAUGAAUUUUAAAUGAAGAUUAUUAUUCAGUUUACGCACCACAGCUUUAACACUGGGGGACGUCCGAUAUGAACCUUUUGCCGAUAUUGGCCAAACGCUUAACUUCCGAUUACGACAUCAACCGAUACCGAUAUAUGCAGCCCCAGAGGACACAUGUCAUUGUGUUGCAGUGGUGUGCUCUCACAAUGACAAUACUGUGCACGAUACAAAUAGUAGCUUCACUUUCACCUCCAAAUUAUUUUUAGGUCACAUCAUCUGGGCGAAAGACGUUUGCAUUGCGUUAUCAGGUUUUCAUUAUCGGAGGAAAAACCGAUAAUGUUUCUUACCAGUAUUACAUAAUGAAGCUAAUAUUGGUUGGAUAUAAUCGGUUGGCCGAUAUUAUCGGACAUCCCUACUUAUUGAUCUUUAUUUUAUACUGCAUGACAAAACAGGACAAUGGUGAUACCCUUGCUAAGAGUUUACUAUAUACAUUAUAUAUAUAUAUAUUUGCCUUCAUGAUGUAAUCACAGGAGUUUUUUUUUUUGGGUAACUUUACUUCCUCCUCCUCCGUGUUUCAUAUCUGUUCAUAUUCCAAUGGGUUUUUUUUUUCCUUUUCUUCUGUUUUUACCUCCGUCAGUGUGUGUGUGUCUGGGUUUCUAAAUGUUUAAAUGUACGAAGUGAAAUGUUAACCUGGUUGUGAGGUCUGUUGCAUACUCUGUUUUGAGCAAAAAAACGAUGGACGGAAAUGUUGCUAACUGAUACUUCAUUGAGACAAUUUAUUAAACAACCGUAAUCACAUAUUUAAAAAUUUGAAUCCUUUUUUUAUAUAUUUUAUAUAUAUAUAUAUAAUUUUAAGAUAUGGCACUAGUUUAAAAAAAAAUAGACAUAUAAUUACCUGGUUUAGGAGGCACUUUUGGUUGACCUCCGUGGCUUUACUUAACUAAGAAAUGACAGACAUUUUCGACAUAAAUGUGAUUUAUUGUAUGGCUCCAGAAGAGUAUGUCACAGACCUGACGUUGACUUAACAGGUGAAUAAAGAAUUUAUUUUGCAUGUGCUUCAGUAGAUAUACCCAUUCUGGUGAUCAGCAAAGAUUUGUUUGGGGGGUGUAUUGUUUACCUACUUAUUCUUCGUCAUGAUUAGGAAAUUAGUAAACUAAUUUUGGUUACGUGGAGUCUUCAGUUAGCCAUUUGUGUGGAUCAUUGGGACUUCAAUAAAUACCUUCUUUGACCAGCA